AUGACGUUGCCUUCGGCGCUGGCGGGUGCCGGACCACGGCGUGGGAGCAUGCCUUUGCCCAUCAAGCACCAGCUGGUGAGGGCGUCGGCGGUGGACGAACUGGACUCUCCCCCCAGCUCCCCCGAAGUGGGAAGCACUGGGGGGGCCAGCCCCGCAGGAGGACGCGGCCCCUACAAAGUCAUGUUGCUUGGCGAGAGCGGGGUGGGGAAGACCACCUUGGCAGCCAUCUUCGGAGGCCUUAGAGGGGGCCCCCACCACGAGGAAGAGCACACAGGUGAGCCCAGAAGAUGCCUGGGGAUGGUGUUGCAAUAUUUCACUCUGCAAAACAGCAGAAGUGCAAGAGGCCCUGCUUUUCUUGCCAUACAUGCAGCAGAAGGGGGACAGGAGAGAACGGCGUGCUCCACCUGAGGACAUUUUAUUUUUAUUGAUUUAAAUAGACAGGAGAAGAGCCAUAUUGGAUCAGACCAAAGGCCCAUCAAGUCCCAGCAUCCUGCUCUCCAUUCACCUGUUGAAUUUCUGCCUUCCAUGGCAUUUUUGUUUAAGAAGGGGAAGGUCAAAACUCUCCAGAUAAAUGGAGGUUUUGUGUGGAAUUUAAGCUGUUAGGCCAGAAUUUCAAAGUGACGCCUGUGGGAAUUGACUUUGCGCCAGUGAUUUUCUUAAAAUCCUGAGGGGGGAAAGUAUGGGAAGCUGGGAUAGAUCUUCUGGAAAAGUUUCAAAUCGCUGCUAUCUUAAAAACCUGACAUCAUAUAAUAUAUAUAGAGUGUGUGUUUGUGUCUAAGGCUGUGUACACACUAAGCCUUCAAAGCACACUUGCAAAUAAAUAAUGGGCAGGAUGUAUGCUAAAGGUUGCUGGAAAUUGUGACUCGGUGAGGGGUAAACUACACUACCAUGAGAUGUUUCUCAAAAAAUAAUUUCAUUUCUCUAAUUCCUACCCCACAUUUAUACCCAGAAGGCUCUCCUAGGCUCCCCUUAACUUUUCCAACCAUUAAAUGUAUAGGGUUGCAGCUAGUCCUACUCAGAGCAGACCCACUGAAAUUAAUGGCCAUGGCUAAUUUAGUCCUAUUAAUGGUCUCCUUUGAAUAGAAUAUGAUCAAAUUCUACUCAUAUAACUUGACAAAUCUGCCACAAAGUGGAUAUUUGAUGGUACAGACAUAUCUGGCAAUAGUUUGUAAGGCGAUACUCAAGCUAUACUAAACCUCCUUUUCCCUCCACAUUUCUUUUAUUCCCUCAGAGGAUUCCUACGAAAGAAAUUUCUACGUAGAUGAUGAAGAAGUCACUCUAAUAUUGUACGACAUCUGGGACCAGGUAGGUGCAUUUUGGUCUCCUUCCUACCCAUUGAGAUGGGACGUCAUCCCCAGCAGGGGAAGAAAUAUUACAGCAAGAAGUUCUCCAUCCCAUCUUUGUUGUUGUUUAGUCGUUUAGUUGUAUCCGACUCUUCGUGACCCCCUGGACCAGAGCACGCCAGGCACUCCUGUCUUCCACUGCCUCCCACAGUUUGGUCAAACUCAUGCUGGUAGCUUCGAGAACACUGUCCAACCAUCUCGUCCUCUGUCGUCCCCUUCUCCUUGGGCCCUCCAUCUUUCCCAACAUCAGGAUCUCUUCCGGGGAGUCUUCUCUUCUCAUCCCAUCUAAAAGCUGAUAAAUCUUGCAACACCGGGAACAUUUUAAAAUUUAUUAUUAAUGCAAGUAGUUGUGUCAACCAUAAGAUGGAAGGCAUGACCAUAUAGAGUUACGUAUCUCUUACACACAAACAAAGGAACACCUUUGAUUCUAAAAUAAGCAUCUGCUGGGGCACAGACCACUUGUAAUCCGAAACAACAAAAGGUGAUAUAGUCAAUGAAGUUUUACUCAGUGCAGACCCACCAAAAUUAACGGGCCUAACAUCGUCAUGUUUUGUUCCUUUCAAGUGGGUUUACUUUGGGUAUGACUUAUCUGAAUACCACCCACAGAAAAUGUGCUCUGGUCUUCAAAGCUGUUGGCUUGUUCAUAAGCAAAGGCAUGAUGACUGAAUCAAAACUCGUAACCGGACCAUACAAGGGAGACUUGUGAUUUGAUCUCUCAUUCCUUUUAGUUUUAACAUACAGCUGUCAUUAGGAGCAGAAGGGGUGGAUUGGGACCGUAGCGGCAUGGGAGGGGAAUUUACUCUUCCUCCCCAAACAGCAUUUUGUGAGUUGCCCAUCUUCCAAAGUGGAUUCAUUGCCCCACGAAUAGUAAUAUAUAUCUUUAAAUGGGUGACAGCCCCAAUCUAACCAGUCUAGCGCAGAACAUAGCAGGCUUCAUCCUGACGAGACUGAGAGUAUUUACACCGGUGGCUCCAGCAUCUGCCCUGGUUUUCUGUUUUCAAAAUUGGGGUAUUCCACAAUUUUUCAGGUCUACAGAAAUUCUCAGUCAGUUACAAAUCCAGCAUUCUGAGAAUCUCUGUUGUUAUUGUUUAUUUGAACCAGUUUUCUAGAUCUUAAGGCUUAGAGAAUAUUGUGGGCAAUGCCAGGCAAUAUCAGAAUGUUUUAGAGAUUGUGGAGUGGGAUUUCCGGUUGGCAAGGGCAGUUUUCUCUGCAGCUCUUGGUUACUGCAAGGGGCAAACGGAAACAAGGCAAAAUUAUGCAAAAAACAAACAAACAUGGCAUUGCUAUGAUGAACGUAUGCAAUUAUAUCCAAGAUUUACGCAAAGCUAGACAACCGGAUGGAAUUGCCUUGUUUUAUUAUUGUUUUGUUUUAGCAUCUCGUUUGCAUGGAAAUGCGUUCCAAAAUUGCACAGCAUCCCUGAAGUGAGGGAGAGUGGUAUGCAAAUUUAUGCAAAUCCAUAUUAAAUUAACACAGCCGUUUGGGAGUCAGGCGGGGGUGUAUACCACUGACAUGCACGAAUAUGCAAAUUGUUCUGGAAACUGGCAGCAUUCUUGGGCGGCUUGAUUGCAGCAUACAGUGCCAUUAUGCAAAUAUAAGGAGAGUGUAUCCAACUGCCAAGGAGAAUAAGCAACACAACCCCCAUUAUCUGCAUUACAAUUAUCCAAAUUCCUCGAUUAUCAGAAUCUUGCCAUUUUCAAAUACCUGCAUGUCUUCUCUCCUCCCGUGGCUGCCAAUUCAGAAGGGCCCAGGGAAGGAUCCUGAGGAGCUGCUAUAUGUUUCAAUAUUAUCUUAAUUGCGAUUUUGAUUAUUGUGUUUUGACUUUAGUUGUAAAGUCACCUUGGAACGAUUCGUAUCCUUAAAGGUGAGAUGUGAAUAAUUAUACUGUAAUAAAAUAAUGUGUAAAACACACUCCUGUUUAUCUGAACUUUCCAGUAUCCAAACACACCAAUCGGAAACAUUCAACAGCCACCCUGGUUAAUAUCGCUGUCACAUUCACUCUGGUAACAUGCUGGAUUGAUCCAUUACACUUUCCAAUAUAUUUAAAAGGUGCAGCUUUGGUUAACGUAAUUCUUUUUAAUAUCACCCACGUAUACAAAAAAUGCAGGUAGCUCUUGUAGAGAGAGAAAGAGGUUGCCUCUUUUAACAUGUUGCUGGUUACGACUUCCAAAACUGUUAUAUUUUCUUCAGAACAGUUUUCGUGUGUGUCUGGUUUUUUAAAAUCACAUACAGAUAUAGAAGAAUAAAACCUGCAUGAUUUACUAGCUAAGAUUUAACAGGGGAAAUGCCCAUAACAAUAUGUAGCUGUGAACUAUAACUGGGUAGAAUUACCAAAUAAUCCACACCAGUGUGGCUCUCGUGAAAGGUCUCAGUAAAUUUCCCUUCCAAGCCCCCCCCCAAAUAUAUGGCACUGUUUGGGAGGCAGGAGUGGGUCCCCCCCCCCAUACUGUGGUCCUGUCUCUUGUUCAGGUGGGGAAACCAUUUUAUCUUAUUAUGCCACACCCCCAACGACGGCCAUUUUGUGACUGGCGCCUGCGGCACUUCCCCCAAGAUGUUCGCUGUCAGACAAAGGUUGGCAGCCCUUGAUCUGGACACGCACAUGGCCUCAACCAUAUGUCAGGAGUGCUCUGAUGGUGUUUCCUACUUGGCAGGGGGUUGGACUCGAUGGCCCUUGUGGUCUCUUCCAACUCUAUGAUUCUAUGAUUCACUUUUCCUGACUUUGACCUCUUCCCUCCCCGCGAACUUUUUCCGCAGGGAGAUCCCGGAGGCUGGAUGCAGGAAUCCUGCCUGCAGACGGGAGACGCCUUCCUGUUGGUUUUCUCGGUGACCGAUCGCCGUAGCUUCACACGGGUCCCCCCCACCCUGCUGAGCCUACGGGCUGGGUGCCCUCGGACAGACCCCCCUAUUAUCCUGGUGGGGAACAAGAGCGACUUGGCGCGAUCCCGGGAGGUCUCACGCGAAGGUGAGUUGCCAGAGGUGCCGCUCCUUAAACAUUGGGGAGAUCGCCUGCACACCAUCCAGGUGGCUUCCAGUCUACCAUUUUGGAAAAAUUUGUUCUUUCUGAAGGGCCGAGGCGGGAGAGGGAACCCAGGAGAAUUGUUUGCUCGUUUAUUUUCUCCUUUUCAUUUCAUUUUUAAUUUUUAAUUUUUAAAUUUUAAUUUUUAAUUUUUUAAUUUAUUAAUUUUUUUUUUGAAUUUUAUGAGAAAAGAAAAAGACAAAGAUAAAGAACAAUACAUCACACUAUAAACACAUUUAUAUACAUAUUUUCCAAAAUACAAACUAAAAACUAAAAAAGUACCCAUAUUACCAAAUUCAUGCUUCAAACAUUACAAUCUUAGUUGAAAUAUUAUAAAAGACUUCCACCGCAUUCACCGCACGUCUCUUAUUUAUCUUGCUCGCCUUUACAUCUGUUCUUCAAUCAUUUCCCUUCCUUAGAUACUUUCAUAGUCAGUCAAAUCUUUAUGUUCUCUAUACUCUUCACAAGGUUAGUCUAGGCACAACCAAACUUUCGUAUUUGAGCCCUGCUUGUAUAAAUACUCAUUUAAGCAUUCUAUUGUUUCUGAAUUAUAGCUUUUGAUUUAUGCCCUAUUAAAUCCGUCAAUUUUGCUAACUCCAGGUACUCGCAUAGUUUACAUAACCAUUUCCCUUUUGUUGGGAUAUAAUUUCCUUUCCAAUGACUGGCUACCAACGUUCUCGCUGCUGCUGUUGCAUACAGAAAGAUGUUAAUUUUGUCUUUUGGGAUAGCCUUACUCAAGAUUCCUAGUAAAUAUGCUUCUGCCCUUUUGAUAUAUGAUACCUUUACCAAUUUUUUCAUCUCUUCAUGGAUCAUUUCCCCAAAUUUUUUGAUCUGUGGACAUAUGUGGUAUGGUUUAUUUUUCUCAUGUUUCUUGCCUCCAUAUCUAGAGGGCCGCAGCCUAGCUGUCAUGAUGAACUGCAAGCACAUCGAGACGUCCGCGGCGCUGCAUCACAACACGGAGGAGCUCUUUGAAGGCGUCGUGCGGCAGAUACGGCUGCGGCGCCGUCGGCGCGAGGGCGAUGCCUUCAGCAGGGAAGGGGCCGGGGGCCGGCGCGAGAGCCUCACCAAGAAAGCCAAACGCUUCCUCUCUAGCCUUGUGCCGAGGAAUGGACGCUUCUUCAAGCAGAGGUCAAAAUCCUGCAACGACCUUUCAGUGCUAUGA